AUGUUUAAGUGCUGUUCAGGUAACAGUGAAGACAUCAAUAAUGGCGAACUUACUCAUGCAGAAAAGAGAGCUGAUUCGAAUAAUGCUACCUCAGCUGAGGAAAAAAACAAUUCCAAAGACAAGUAGCGAAGCAGAGAUAUCAUAAAAGAAAAAAACUACGAAGAAGAUUAGCAUUUGAAAGCAAAGUCCAACUCAGAAGAGUUAAAGAAAGAUGAAUCUACAGCUGAUCAAAGUAGCGCAUAAGUUAUCAAAAAACAACAACAACAAUAGAUUGAAUAAGCAAGCGCAUAGCCACUUGAUCAUAAGGAUUCUAAAAUUCAUCAAUAAUCAAAUAGACAGCAAAAGCAAUAAAGUUCAGCGCAGUAAUAUGCAGAUGAAGAAGUGAAAGAAGAUGAUCAUACUAAAAAUAAUAGAAGGGAGGAAAAGUUAUAAUAGUAAUAAUCUUUUCAGUCUUAGUAAAAUAAUAAUUUGAUAAUUCAACAGAAAGAGGAAAGAAGAAGAAUAAUGCUUGAAAAGGCUCCAAUACUUGAAAUUAAGCUUGUGGAAGGUAAUGGAUUGAAAAAUAAGGAAAUUUUGAAAGUAAAUGCUAUGGGCCUAGUAAACAGCCAAAGAGAGGACUGUGAAGAUCAUUAUGUGUAUUUUGGUUCAGCAGCCGAGAUGAAUGGAAAGAUAGUUAAUGAUGUGAUAUGCCAAAAAGAAGAUCAAUUUGCGGAGCAGCAUUUUUACAUAAGAUAUGAUAAAUACAAAAAUUGCUACUUUUUAAAAGAUCUUGGAUUGGGUACAGGAACUUUCCUAAGGGUUUCUAAUUCAUAACACAGUUAAUUAAGAAACGGUUAAAUUAUCAUUUUCGGGGAGAAUUAAAUGGUUAUUGGAAUAACGCAUGGGAAAAAUAAAGAUAAAGAUGAGUUUAAAAGCUCAAAUGCACCCUUAAUGAUAGGCAGAACAGAUAAAUGCAAAGUAAAGUUUACUGAUACAUCGUUAAGUCGAUAUCAGUGUAUCCUAGAUUUCAUAGAUGAUAAAUGGCUUAUUAGGGAUGGGGAUGGUACUAAAGGUAGUACAAACGGUACCUGGAUCUUCGCUGAGGAAGAGGUUAAACUUGAAGGUACAGAAGCUAUUAUAAAGGCUGGUCUGUCUAUUUUUAAGAUUGAUAUGGUUAAUUGA